ACUUCACAUUAUGUUGAAAUGAAAACAUUGGUUUAUAUGAUGUAGAUAUCAGGUGAAGCAAUAAUCCUUCAAUCAAGCCUUCCAUUUCUCUCCUCCAUUUCUUCACACCCUUUUCACUUUGACCAAAACACACCAAUCAAACUUCAAUUCCUGCAUUCCUACAAUCCCUUGUUUCUAAUCUCUUCAUCACCAUGUUCACAAUUCAUGCCACAUUAUGCAUUGCUUCAUGAACAAGCAACAUCUUCACGAAAUGUUGUAAUGGAAAUUAAUCACAUUUUAUUCUUGUCCACUUUUAUCUUCACAAAUUUGCUGCUACUACCACAGGUUCUAUCUCUAGAUAACGGUAAUUCUCUUGCACCUUCGUUUUUCACAAAGGAAAUCUACAAACAGCUUGAAGGUCUCACUAUCACUUUAACCAGAGAUAUCAAACAAGAUUUAGGUUUCUGCAUAAAGGAUGUGAAUAAAGAUUGGGAAGAAGCCUUUAAUUUUAAGGGGAAAUUGGAUUUUGUGGAGGCUUGUGCUAAGCAAAAAGGUGAUUUUACUGAUAGAAUUUGUACCACUGCUGAAAUAAGGAACUACUUUCAGAGUUUUUUCAUAGAAGGAGGCACGUCUGCGAGUUACGUAAAACCGAACAUAAAUUGCAACUUGACUUCAUGGGUUUCUGGUUGUGAGCCUGGUUGGAGUUGUAGUGCUGAUCAGAGAAUUGAUCUCAAAAAUGAUACAAACGAUGUUCCUUCUAGAACCAAUGACUGUCAACCAUGUUGUGAAGGGUUUUUCUGUCCUCAAGGAUUAACUUGCAUGAUAACAUGUCCACUUGGUUCUUAUUGUCCACUUGCAAAACUGAAUGAAACAACUGGAGUAUGCGAUCCAUAUAGUUAUCAAAUUCCUGCUGGAGAAACAAACCAUACUUGCGGUAGUGCUGAUAUUUGGUCUGGUGUUGUGAACAAUAGUAACAUCUUUUGUUCUCCGGGAUCAUAUUGUCCGUCUCCCACACACAAAGUUUCUUGCGAUGAAGGAUAUUACUGCAGGAUGGGUUCAACUCAUCAAAAUCGAUGCUCCAAGUUGAGUAGCUGCAAUCCAAAUACAUCAACCCAAAACAUGCACGCUUACGGUGCUUUGAUUAUUGUUGGUAUGAGUACUACUCUGAUCUUCAUUUAUAACUGUUCUGAUCAAGUUCUAGCUACUAGAGAAAGAAGGAAGGCCAAAUCAAGAGAAGCUGCGGCAAAACACGUAAGAGAAACGGUACAAGCUCGCGAGAGAUGGAAACAAGCAAGAGAGUUCGCUAAGAAAAGUUCGGCGGGACUUCAAAAGCAGUUGUCUCGAACCUUUUCGCGCAAGAAAUCCAGUAAGCAAGGAGAUGUAUUUCAACCAACGCCUCCAGAUUCAUCAAGCAAACCAGGACAAGCAUCGAAAGCCAAAAACAAGGAACCUGGCGAUCUUACUAAAAUGAUGCAUUCCAUUGAGGAUGAUGGACCUGAAGGAUUUGAUUUUCAAAUUGGUGAUAAGAACAUUAAAAAGCAAAUGCGGAAGGGAAAAAAUUUACACACUCAUAGCCAAAUUUUAAGGUAUGCUUAUGGUCAGAUUGAGAAGGAGAAAGCUCAGCAAGAACAAAACAAGAACAUGACAUUCUCGGGACUAAUUUCAAUGGCCUCUGAAGGUGAGGAAGUAAAAUCAAGACCUUCAAUUGAGGUAGCUUUCAAUGAUCUAACCCUCACUUUGAAAGGUAAAAACAAGCACAUACUCAGGUGUGUGAGUGGUAAAUUCAUGCCUGGUCGAGUUUCAGCUGUUAUGGGACCCUCGGGAGCUGGAAAAACAACAUUUCUUUCAGCUUUGGCUGGAAAAGCAAGAGGGUGCAAUCAGUCGGGAUCAAUUCUAGUUAAUGGAAAAAAUGAAUCCAUUCACUCUUAUAAGAGAAUUACUGGUUUUGUGCCACAAGAUGAUAUUGUGCAUGGAAACUUGACAGUAGAGGAAAAUCUUCGUUUCAGCGCAAGAUGCAGGCUCCCUGCAGAAAUGGCGAAACCAGAUAAGGUUCUGAUAGUUGAAAGAGUGAUCGAGUCUUUAGGGCUACAGCCAGUAAGAGAUUCUCUAGUUGGGACAAUAGAGAAGAGAGGCAUAUCCGGAGGACAAAGAAAACGUGUAAAUGUUGGACUAGAGAUGGUGAUGGAGCCUUCAUUAUUAAUCUUAGACGAGCCUACAACUGGUUUGGACAGCGCAUCUUCGAGUUUACUUCUUAAAGCGCUUCGCCGUGAAGCUCUUGAAGGUGUAAAUAUUUGUAUGGUACUUCACCAACCAAGCUAUACUUUGUUCAGAAUGUUUGAUGAUAUAGUAUUUCUAGCCAAAGGUGGUCUUACAGCAUAUCAUGGUCCUGUGAAACAAGUGGAAGAAUACUUUGCUGGCAUUGGAAUCCCGGUACCGGAUCGUGUCAAUCCUCCAGACCAUUUCAUUGAUAUUCUUGAAGGUUUAGAGAAACCAACUUCAGGUGUAACUGUUGAAACACUUCCUGUGAGAUGGAUGCUUCAUAAUGGAUAUCCAGUACCACCUGAUAUGCUUCAUUUGGCUGAUCAAAUUGCCGCUCCUUCAUCUGCUGCCUCAGAUGCAACUAGCACGUCGAAGGGUGCCGAGGAACCUUCUGAUCAGUCCUUUUUUGUAGAGUUUUGGGAGGAUUUGAAUAGCAAUAUUAGGAACCAACGAGAUCGAAUAGAAGCAAUCUUCUCAAGAACAAAGGAUUUGUCAGGCCGAGAAACUCCUAGUGUAGCCCAACAAUAUAGAUACUUCGUUGGCCGGAUUGGCAAGCAGCAGUUGAGAGAAGCAAAAUUACAAGCAAUCGACUAUCUCCUUUUAUUGGUCGCCGGCGCUAUCUUAGGAACUCUUACCAAAGUAAAUGACGAAACAUUCGGGUCCCUUGGUUAUACAUAUACAGUCAUUUCUGUUUCUCUACUUUGCAAGAUUGCAGCUCUUAGAUCAUUUACUAUGGAUAAGUUACAAUACUGGAGGGAAAGUGCAGCUGGGAUCAGUAGUCUAGCCCAUUUUCUCGCAAAAGAUAUGAUCGAUCUUUUCAGUACAAUCACAAAACCUGUAGUUUAUCUCUCCAUGUUCUUUUUUUUAAGUAAUCCAAGGUCAACUUUUGGAAGUAAUUACAUAGUUUUGGUUUGUUUGGUGUACUGUGUCACCGGCAUGGCUUAUGCAUUAGCCAUCUUCUUUCAACCCAGUCCUGCUCAGCUGUGGUCAGUGCUUGUUCCCGUUGUUAUGACUCUCAUUGCAAACCAAACUAGAGAUACUGCAUUUAUGAAGAUCCUAGUACAGUUCUGCUAUCCAAAAUGGGCUUUGGAGGCUUUUAUCGUUGCAAAUGCUGAAAGGUACACGGGGGUAUGGCUGAUAACUCGUUGUAGUUCACUGAUGAGCAGUAGUUAUAAUGUCAACUCGUGGAACGUUUGUCUACUUGUCCUCAUUUUGUAUGGAAUAAUUGCGCGAGUUGUAGCCUUCAUUUGUUUGGUAAUUUCCCAAAAGAGGUGAUUUGGGAUGUGAUAUUUCGCAUUUCGCAUUUCAGAGCCUCUACAACCAAAGGUCUGUCGCGUUUGGUUGUACAAGACAGGCAUCUAAUAGGACAUAGGUUCGAUGUUUCGAAGGUGAUAUCAGUGUAUAAAUCAUAGUUUUCAAAAUGUGAAUGAGAUGCUAGAUUUAGUCCAUUAAGUAGGAAUAGCCUUACCAUUUUAGGUUCUUAUGUAAAGUUGUUGUACUUUAUCUUACUUUGGUGUAUGAAAAUUUUACUUAGUAAAAGAUAGUGUGUAGAGCAUUCUAAGCACAUUAAACAUUUGCUUCCUGUUAUUAGAUUUUGUAGAAAUUCUUACACGAACUUGUAUAGGAUGUUCAGGCUUUGAAAUAGGACAAGUUUUCAUUUUCUACACUUUAGUUAUAUCAUUAUGAAGAAUCGCUAUGGAGAUGAUAAACUCAACAAAGUGUGCCUACAAAGAACCUUAAGAAGGUAGCAACCCAAUUUUAAUUACAUUACUGAAGCAAUUGAAGAAUCGAAAGAUUUGAGAUUCAUGAAUAUUGAAGAGCUUCAGAGUUCUUUAAAGACACAUGAACAAAGACUAACAAAAAGGAGCACUGGAAGAACCGCAUAACAAAGGCAAAGAAGUCAAGAAUAAACAAACAGUCAACAAAUGAAAAGACCAUUACAACAAUGAUCAUGAUCUACUAGAAAACCAAAAUUCGUGACAGUAAGAAGAAAUACA